GGGUGCCCGCGGGUUCCGGGUCCUGUGACCAGUCAGGCGGCGGCGGCGGCGGCGGCGCGGAGGAAGCCGGGCGGCCUCGGGGGAGUGUCUGCGGCCUCCGGCGGGGAGCGCGGGCGGCUUGGGGGCGGCGCGUAGCCCGAGCUCGUCGCAGAGCCGCGGCGCCCAUGGCCGGCGGGGGAGCCGGGGACCCGGGCCGGGGGGCGGCCGCCGUCGCCGCCCCCGAGACCCGCGAGCACCUCUUCAAGGUGCUGGUCAUUGGCGAGCUCGGCGUGGGCAAGACCAGCAUCAUCAAGCGCUAUGUCCACCAGCUCUUCUCGCAGCACUACCGGGCCACCAUCGGGGUGGACUUCGCCCUCAAGGUCCUCAACUGGGACAGCAGGACGCUGGUGCGCCUGCAGCUGUGGGACAUCGCGGGGCAGGAGCGGUUUGGCAACAUGACCCGAGUAUACUACAAGGAAGCUGUUGGUGCUUUUGUAGUCUUUGAUAUAUCAAGAGGUUCCACGUUUGAGGCAGUCUUAAAAUGGAAAAAUGAUCUGGAUAGUAAAGUUCAUCUUCCAAAUGGAAGACCUAUUCCUGCUGUCCUCUUAGCUAACAAAUGUGACCAGAAUAGGGAUGGUGGCCAGACUCCUGCCCAGAUGGACCAAUUCUGCAAAGAACAUGGCUUCACUGGAUGGUUUGAAACCUCUGCAAAGGAUAACAUAAACAUAGAUGAAGCCACCCGAUUCCUAGUGGAGAAUAUUCUUGAGAACCACCAAAGCUUUCCUAAUGAAGACAAUGAUGUGGAUAAAAUUAAACUAGAUCAAGAGACCUUGAGAGCAGAGAGCAAAUCCCAGUGUUGCUGACAUGGCUUCUGCUUCUCUCGUGCCUGCCUCCGUUCUGAGCGAGUUCCUGAGAAUGAGUUGCGGAUGAUGUGCUGGCUGUGACCCUUCCCACAGUGGUGCUUCAAAAUGCAGCAUCCUGUGCACCUACACUUAUUUGAAAAUGGAACGUUUGAAGAAGUGUCCCUGCCAGUGGCUCUGCAACGUAACAGAUGACAAUUAGGCUAUUGUUGUUGUUGCCAUCAUAUUGGGGAUAAUGUUUACAUCCUUUUAAACAUCUUUUUGAAUGACAGUUCCUGAGGAUUUGGUAAGACUUCCUCCCAAGUUGUAGCUUUUAGUGUAAGGGCGAGGCGGUAAUAAAACCUUACCUCCAGUCUUAUGGUCA